AUGGAUGAUGGCGUGGUAAUUGCAACACCGAUUAGCAAGACCUUACAACUUCAAGAGACUACGUUUCCAACUAAGGGAAAAGCUGAUCAACCAAAUCCAGAGGCUGUAAACCUUGUCGAGGAUAUCGUGCGCAAUCAGCUCAUCGAACCUAUCCUGCAAGCCUGCCUCCACGCGAAUCGGCAUGGUGCGCGCUACAUUACCGCAGAGGACCUCAUCUUCCUCAUUCGCCAUGACCGCAGUAAGGUCAGGACAUAUCUCUUGCGGAAGGAUGUUCGUAAGCAUGCCAAAGACUCGGGUGGUGAUGGAGGAGGUGGCAUUGAGGUUGAGACUCUCGAGGAUGGUGCUGACGAUAAACUAAGGACAAAAGCGCAAAAAAUUACUAUUAAGCUUCCUUGGAAGAUUUUGACGAUCUACAGCGAGGUGCUCCGUCAAUCUGGACACCAAUCUCACGACGAAGAGGACGAGGACAACAUUGAGGCCCAUGAACAGCGUCUCAAAGAAGCCGAUGAUGCCACACGACAAAUGACGAGGGAAGGGUACCAACAUUAUUCAAAUUGUAGACAAACGUCAUUAAUCACGUAUCGAAAAGCCAAACGCUUCCGCGACUGUCUUAAUCUUCCUCCGCACCUGGACCUCAAAGCCAACGAUGAUACCGUCGAUAUCGUGGGCUUUCUCCCAUUUGAAAUGGUGCGCUCCCUUACGCUCGACGAGAAAAAGUCCCUUGAAGAAUCAUAUUUACGAGACGACUACCUUGGUAUCUCGCCCAUCCUUGGCAAGCGCAAGUCGCACCAUUCACACAGGCGAGAGGAACAAUGGGAGAAACGUGCGAGGAGAGAAGAGGAAACACCGCUACCUACGAGUUCACUAUUUUUACCUCCGCCAGAAGCAAGGACAGCUCUGCGGUCUGAGCACAUCCAGGAUGCAUUUGCGCGGAUGCAGGGAGACUGGUCGCACCACCGCAGUGCAGGGAUGCGGAAUUGGCGUGGUGGGCUCGUGCGCACGAGAGUCAGUCUUAUUUAG